GGUGUCACCAAUCUUUAUAUCUGCAGCAUAAACAGCAGUGCCAGGUAACUCAUUUACGUUCCGAACACUGGACAGAAACAACACCGACGGUUCACUCACUGAAGUGGACAGGGAAGUGGCCGAUAUCUGCGGUGUUGUGAACGGCGAGUCCAUCCAAUGUACUUUCACCAUCGUUAACAUGAACGCCACUGCCAUGACCAGAGAGACUGGAACCGUCAACUCCAUCUUGUUGGGAAACGGAAUCAUAAAUGGAAGUGUCAUUGGAACCUUUAACGUCGUCAAAAACAGCGGACCCUUGGACAUCACGGACCCCGCCGCUAACAUCAACAACUCUAUGGUCUUGAACAUUACCCGGGAAGGUUGUGGUGAAACCAAUUUGUGUGUGGAGGAGCCGGACAACUGCGACCCCUUGACCGACAACAUGUGUCAGUUCAUGUCGAGCAACGUCACUGUUUCCACGACGACCAAUGCCUUCAACAUGACUGUCAGACUCAGCGGAUAUUCCAUGGGAUACUUCGCACUCGGACUGGCCAUGAAUGCAUCGGAGGGCACAAGCACAAUUUUUGCCUGUGGAAAUGACACUGGGGGAGUCUUCUUAAGAACUUUCACUAGAGACAACGUAAAUGAGAAUUUAACUUCAAUUAACAGGAGCGUUACCGUUCCAGCUAUUAAUCUGAGUGGCAGAUCCAUCGAAUGCGAGUUCACCAUAUUAGAUCUAAACAAUGUAGAAACCAGGGAGACCGAUGGAGUCGUUGCAGUCGUCAUAUUAGGAAAUGGAACGCUGAAUGCAACUGUGCUCGACGCCUUGAAUCGAAGUAUGCUCAACCCCUUGAAUAUCAUUCACACUGAGCGUGUGAACCUCACCAGUCCCACUGGUACAGUCAUCUCUGCGCAGAAUGGUGCCCGGGCCGGAAGGAGCAGUGACGCUAUGCUGAUCCUGAUGAGCCUAGUCACACUGCUGGCUGCACUCCAAGGCUAAGAAGAGUGUAAAAGUGGCAGACGAGGAGGGCAUCCAUUCAUUCCAAUGAAUUACAGCUCUCUCAGUACGCCCGUGAAAACAUCACAUAGUGUGUUCUGAUAAUAUUUAGUUGUUUGUUGUUAUUUUGUCUGUUUGCAUGUCUUCUUUUUUACUAAACUGUGUAAGAAGCCAUCGUGUGAGUGAGUGGAGCUGCAACGGCUCAUAUGACGGGGGGCAGUCAUGAUGAAAGCGGCUCAUUCGACUCAAUUAGACGUGUCUGGUCUGACGAGUUUGAACUGUUUGAGUAGAAACCCAGCCCUAAUCACAAUUAUUUGUUGUCUGUCUUCUUCUAUGUGCCAGAAAUGUGAAGUAUUUAUGGAUGCCAAAAACAUCAUGAAUAAAGUUUAAACUAUGAGUGACUCUA